AGCUCGGCUGUCUGUGCGCGACGAACACCUGCCUGCGUUGCUCUCCGCACACAAGUACAGGCAAACGUCACAUUCUCGCGCGCGCGCGCGCGGGCAGACACGUACACAUACAUACGCACAUACGUCGCGGUGGGACGUGCCCGCACGUCCAUACGAGCUAGACGAAUCGUACGAACACGCGCGGGGGUGGCACCGGUGAGUUUUCGUGUACGCGUACGCACGUUGUAAGGUGUAACGUAUUACGUUCGUAAGAAGAAAGAGACAAGGGGGUGAAAAGGGAAAAAGGGAGAGAGACGAUUCUCGAGAAGCCGGAACGAGACCGGGGACCCAUGCGUCGAGCGAUAUAGACGCCGCGUCGCGUUUAUACGACGGCGCAUACAAAUACAUACGCGCGAAUUACAGGCAUACACGGACAUACGCGGCCGAGCGAACCGCACGCUACUACGCCCAGUCAGUCGGACGUCGGCUCGGGCCCGACGAUACACCCCGACAAUACGCUAUUGCUAUUGCUAUUACACACUGACGUUUCCCACGGUUACGCCACGCGGUUUAACGGGGGUCUCCGGCGAGAAGUUGACACGCGGUGGGACUGAUUUCGCGAGCGGGGCGGCGGCGGGCGUCGACGGCGACCGGGUUGCGCGAUCCGAGCCCUCGAGCAGCUCGUGACAGUGAAGUGAAGCACGCGUGAAAGGCAUUCGCGGUUGGAGGAGGAACGAGGAAAGAAAGAGGAAGACGGAAGGAAAGGGAGAAAGAGUGAGAAAGGAGAAAGGUAGGGGAGCGAGGAAGAGGGCUGCAGGACGAUGGGUGGUCCUGACAGCGAGCGGUGACAAGAAAGAGGACCGACCGUCCUGGAUAAAGCGAGCAUUAAACGCCAGGGAGUGAUCGGGGCCUCGUAUGUAAUUGGCACGCUAAAAAGUGCUUUUUGUUCGAAAUAAGAAAGAGAAACAUGCGAUAAAAUCUCUUUGCUUACGCGCUGGACUUCUCUUGGAAGCUUUUCCUUGGUGUUGGAUAUAUCCUCUUGGUCCAACCCUUGGCUAAGGCUACCGCGGCGAUGAGCUAUAAUCUUAUUCUCCGGCUCGCUCGUGAGUGCAUGAAUUUAGUCGGGGAGUACCGUCGUGGUCGUCACUGACCACACUCACAAGUUUAUAUCCCCGUCAUCGUCAUUGACAGCAAGCGUUACGCUCUCAUCGGUAAGGAGAAAUUUCUCGAGCACGACGAGAUAGUCGCGUGCGCCAACUUGAAUCGAGCUUCCUCCUCGUGACGCGCUUCGACGACGGAGCGACGUCGAAACGUUGGCCGAGACGACGGGCAACAGCGAACCUCGCCGUCGCUGACGAAAAUCAUCGGGAAAGUUCGGCGUGAUGAAGGCCUAGCGUUCGACACCGUGGGUCAUCGUGGGUCGUCAGCGUCGGGCGUGCAAGAAGGGACGGCGGCGCACCGGCAGAAGCCCGGAUAGUAGGAGGAGGAGGAGGAGGCACCCGACAACAUGGCCGCCGCCUGCUACGAGAAGGAAGUGGUGGUAGGUGCCGCCGUGCACCAUGGACAUGGGCACCACCAUCAUCAUCAUCACCAUCAUCAUCAUCAUCACCAUCAUCACGGCGGCAAUGCCGUCGCAUCGUCCAUCGGCGGGGUGACCGGCCAGACAGUGCUGCCGGCGACGUCUACCGGUCUCGACGAUGUCACCGUGGUCGCUGCCGCUGCCGCUGCCUCCUCCGGCAACUCGUCGUCAACUACGGUAAACGUUGUCAAUCCGGUGACGACGAGCGCUGCAGCUACGGCAGCUGCGGCCGCGGCCGCUGCCGCCGCUGCCACCGCGACCGCCGCGGCUGCCGCCGUGGCGAUCAACAACUACAAGGUGCAGGAGUACAAGGACUACUCGCAACCGCUCCACGUGGAUUGUAGCGUCGAAUACGAGCUGCCGAGUCAGGCGAAACCGCCGCCCGGCGGCGGCGAACCCCUCCUAAUGAUCCAUCCGUGCUACUAUCGACGCGCCGAGCGCGAGAGGAGGAGCCCCUUCGUCAAUAAUCUGCCGCCGCCGGCGGCACCGACGACGGCGCCCAUAUCUGCCUCCCGCAGAAGCGGUCGUAGAAGCGGAGCCGCGACGGCAUCCGCGACCGCUGCUUCCGGCGGCGUCACCGCCGUUACAGUCGCUACCGCGGCGAUCGCGAUCGCCGCUGCCUCUUCCUCGACGACGACGACGGUCAUACCACCGUCCAAUAAUAACGUCGUAUCCACCAACGUCGUGCCUACCUCGGUCGUGUCGCCGGCGACGUCCAUCACGUCGUCCUCGGUUGCCGCGGCAGUGGUAGCCGCCGCGGACUCUGGCAACGGUCUAAUAUCUACGAGUCACGGCCAGAUGUCCGCCGUCACCAUGGCGGCUUCGUAUCGCGCGGCGCUCAACGUCGCGGCUACGUUAUCUCAACAGCAGCCGCAGCAAUCUCAGCGGCGGCAUCAUCCGCAGCAGCAACAGCCGAGUCAUCUUCAUCAUCAUCAUCACCGGAAUCACACGCACGCUCAUCAUCAUCAGCAGCAGCAGCAGCAUCAUAGCCAGCAGCAACCGCAACAACGGCCCGUGACACCAACGGCUUCCGGUACAGCCGACCUCAUCUCCGCCGAUGAGAAGGCAGUCAUAUCAGGUAUUUAUCAACAUUACUUCCGCGCCAUGCGCGCCCACAAUCAUCAACACCGCCAGCAGCAGCAACAGCAGCAGCAACAUUGCACCACCGCGGCUCAUCAGCUCCAUCAUCAACCUCACCAAAGCGACCGAAGUUCCUCUUCUUCAUCGUCGGUCACCUCCCCGACGUCCGCGUCGAUCUCGGGUAUCCUACGACAGUCUUAUCAGCAAGCGUACAGCAAUAUCGCGGCUGCGAGCUCGAGCUCGAGCCAUCAUCGCGUCGGUACAUCGGCGGUUGUCCAUCAUCCUUAUAGGCGGCCGUCGGCGACGUUGCUGUCGCGGGCGGCCUCGCAUAUCGGUCAGCAGGCCUCCUCUUCAUCGUCGUCCUCCUCUAUCUCCUCCUCAUCGUCCAUAUUCGGUGCUUCCAACGGCGUCGCCGCCGCUGCCGCCGGCGUCUCUAGCGUUUACGCCAGCACGAUACACAGGCAUCACGCGAGCUCCCUGCACGCUCUUCAAACCGCCUCCGGCUUCUACGAGACGCCGAGCUAUCACGCUCUCCUGCCCCAAAGUUAGACGAUGGUCAAGUGCGGUUACGCGGUAUGUUGGGUCUCUACGCGUAAACAACCUGCAACAAUAUCAAUAGUAAUCAUGGUUGUGCUAUUAUGAGUCGUAGCGAGCGCGCGAUAGAUUCUCGCAAACGGUCUCAAAACUGCUCUCCGAUUCUCCCCUUUCUCUGUUAUCCCUUAUCAGGUGCUCCAUGAAAAUUCUUAAAAUUGAUAAAAUUCGAUGAUAAGGGCGAGGGCAAAAUCGGAACGCAGUCUCCGAGACUCUACACCGAAAGUCAAUGAGGUGGAAACUUUUUUCUUUUUCUUUAGAUGACUUUAUACGAUAUCUACAUCAUCAUAUAAGCGCUCGUUCGCGGCUCAUUAUAGUACCGCGGAGAAGACGACAGUGUGUUGUCGAGCGAUAGUUUGACAUUAAAUGCCAAGUUACGCGGGUCGUCUAUACCGAGUAUAUGGCCGAUAUUUAUAUUUUUCAUGUGUAGAUUGUGCAUGAACUACCACUUUACGCAUAAUUCACGUAGACGACAGAUAAUCGAUGUAGACGACGUUCAUAAUGACGCCUAUACUGCGUUGUCCUCUGCUCUUCUUCUCUCUCAAACUGUGUUUAAGAAAACCGAUCGUUUAAUUUAUUGACCGAUAAUUUAUAGUUGUCGUUCUCUAUACGAUAUUACUUUCCCGGAUGGGAUCGUGCUUACCGAAGGAAGCACGAUCAAUAUCGGAAACAAAGCGAUUAUCGUUGCUGUUGCAGUUUCGUGUCGUUCUUGUCGACGUUUUUAUACGCGCAAUUAAAAUACGCGAAACUUCAUGCGAAUAAUCUAAAUAACAGAAUGGCGAAACGAAGAAUAGAUCUUCUUGAUGAAAAAUAUGCUGCGAAAAAAAAAAAAAAAAGAAAUAGCCCUCUCGAGCGUUAAAUUUUCGGAGGAAUUUCGGUUAAAGACCUAGGGAUAUAAAGAGUCCUUUCGCGCAUAGUCGAUAAUCUCGAGUAAUUUCCGCCCCUCCCCUCUUUCUUUCUUGAACCUAACGCGGGCUAUGACUUGUAGACAAACGCCGUCGACCGCGAUAUACGUCAUUUAGCAGAGUCGUUUUUACAAGCAGUCCGUUUUUUUAACACAUCCGCCUGCUGAAGAUGCUACGCGUCAAACGACACAGUUCGGACAGUUUUAUAACACAUGGACAGAUGCGUAGACAUCCAAUACUAUGGUUCCCAACCGCUCGAUCUCUUCCUCACGACAAUUUGCAGACGAAUAUGCCGACGACGACGAUCUAAAUGGUGGACUUGGGCUUCUUCGUGACGAGGGGUUAUAUCGGAUUAUGAUCCGGGGGGUAUCCAGGUUCUUCGCCUUCUCGGUGUGGAGCCACUUUAAUCCGCAGAGAAAACCCGCGUCCUCUCUCUCCUCUCUCUCUCUCUCUCUCUCUCUCGCUCUGUUCCAUGCGACUUAUCAUCUCGAUCGUUAAAAGUGCAUGCGGGUGGGUCUAUAGCGCGCAUAGUCGGCAUAGGGUACAUCUGUCUCCCCGUGCGCAUGUAUGGGGUGUCCCAAAAGCACAUCGAGAGACAGCCGUAAUAAAUCGAUGUUUCCUCCUUUGAUAUAUUACCAUUCGUAUUUAUGAAAAGAAUUAACUUUAAUGUACACUGCAAAAAAAAAAGUAUGUAGAAUUGCACGAAAACAAUAAGUGUAAAAUUACACGAUAAAUAAUGGAAAUGUUAUACAUUUCUAUUAUUAGACUUAUUGUCCAAUGUAAUUCUGUAAUGUUUUUUUGCAGUGUAGCAGGUGUUUUAAAAGUACGGCGAAAGGCCUUGUAUCGGCCUUUGUAAGACUCUUAUUUGCACGAUGUUGGUUAACGGUGUUUUCAAAAAGAAGAAACAUUUAAUUGCAAUUGGCAUUAAGUGAUAUUAAAGGAAUUGUUAAUUAGAGGAAUCAAAAGCGAUCGUCAGCGAUCCUUUUGUUCUCUAUCCAUCUAUUACGAUUAGAUCUCUUCUUAAAAAAGAUUAUCCUCGAACGUUAUAUUUUUCUCUCGCUAAUAUUUAACUUUAACUACAAGUCGGGACGACAUCUCGAGUUAACAUUCCAUUAAAUCGGAGUCUUCCGAAUUUCCGAAUGUCCACUUGAAAUCGAAUUAAACGCGCCUCGGGCGACGCAUGUUUGCCAAAGUCCGACUUCACCGUAGUCAUCCUUCAACCGUUCCAAGACGAGGGUAACCAACCGUCCUUCUUCAUCCGCGCGCCGUCGUUCCUCUCUCGUCCAGUUCGCUCUUUUACUUCGCUCUUUCAGAGCGAACGUUAGCCGCGCUUCGAUUCGGGGAAGUCUCGAGUUCGCGUUCGAGACACCCUGUAUAAUCGCCGUCGCGCCGACACAACGACCGUACGUGCCGCGUUCGUUGUUGACGGUGAAGCGGGUGGCCGGACGGGCACCGAAUAAACACACGUCGUGUGUAUACGCACGCACACGCACGCACACAUAUACACGCAUACGUAAGCACAGCGUACAUAUUACAUACACAUGCGGUGGACUUCACGAACGGGAGGAAGGGGAGGACAGUUGAAAUGAUCGUCGCUCGUACAUACACACACCGUGAGGUUCCAUCCACCUGCAAUGAGCGCGCGACUUCAGGUAGAGAAAAGAAAAAUCCCCGUUUGCUUAGGGCCGCAUUAGCAUCUACUAACGUUCUCCGGGUCGGCGUUUUCGGGCCCCGCAGUCGGACCCUCGAGAACUCGUGAGAUGUCGUUCCCCCUUCGUUUCCCCAUUCCCCGCGUUUUCUCUCUCCUCGCAUUCGCUCCUCCAUUAUUCAGUAUCUUCCAGAAGAAUAGAGGACGUCGUCCGUAUUCUUGAAGGAUGGACAGCACGUUCGGUUUUCGAGGUUCUCUCCGGUUUCACGGUACUCCAUGUGGAACUGUUAUGGUAUUCGCGGUUCCGUCGCGGGUCCAACGAGACUUCACGGAAUCCUCGUUGGUUUUCAAGAUGGAGAGUCCUUUCGUACAUAGAUAAAUUUAUCCUGUUCUUGAGACACGCGGGAAGAAUGAUUAUAAAACCUCUCGUAUAUCUUUAAAGAGAUCUAUAUUGAUUUUUGAUCCCAUGGAUCCUCGGUUACGCAUAUCCUCAAAGCCGCAGAUCUCUAUAUUUGCAAUAAACCACAAAUUUUUAGAUUCGAUUACAUCUAAAAAGGACGUCUCGGAUGUCGACGUUUGACCGCAGAUACUAGAAGAUCAACUAACAAUGAGAUAGCACGAAAAAUAAAGAAAUAAACUCUUUUCUCAUGUUUCAUCAAAAUCUUCUCGUAUAAAUAACACCUCUAAUUUUUGUAUCAAUUUGUGAAAUAUGCAGAUUUAUUUAGAUAUCUGAGUUUUACGGAUGCGAAUAAGCAUCGAGCUUGUGCAACGGUAUCUAUUUUAAUGAGCAAAGAUUUGUAAAAGUAUGUCGCGCUUUAUUACACUCUACUAGGAAAAAAAACACAUUUUUUACGCGAUUUGAAAUUCAGAUAUCUUUUCGAACGUUCAUAUAAAUCCGAAAUUCGGAGGAGGAUGAUAAAGACAUAUGAUGUAAAAGCCAUCGUGAAUAUAAUGGAAUAAAUCUGACUUCGUGGUGUUCGACGUCGAGACCCGCCUCGCGAUCGUUUACCUUCACCGGUAGAUUUAUUAGUGGCGUGAUUCAUUCGUCGGGAUGAUGGCUUUUCGCAGUUCGGUUCAUCUGCGACGGACUUGAGGCCCAGGUAUAAAUUCAGGUCGUUUAUUUAGGCCUCGCGGCGCUUUUCUUGUCAGAAUCCUCUCUCUCUCUCUCUCUGUCUCUCUCCCUCUGUUCUCCUGGGGGAUCUCUUUCUCGAUCUCUUUCGAAUUCCUCGCCUCCAUUAUUCAGCGUUUCCAGCCGAGCGACGUCGCCGUUUCGAGAGCGAAAAUCGAUGCCGCGAUGACGCGAUCGACGCCGAAUGAUAAGCAUCAUUGUACGUUUUGCCAGCGACGUUGCCGUAUGAUAACGCGACCGAUCGUUUCCAAUCGACUGAUGCGGUUUCACCUCGCCGUAGAAAGCGUUCUUUUCCCGAUUUUUCCUUUCCCGUUUCACGAUUCUUUUGCAAUAAAAUUUUAAUUUUGAUUCCAAUGCAAAUCAUUAUUCGACUAUGCCAUAUAAGAAUAUAUCUCUAUUUUGAUAUACUAAAGAGAAAACGCGUAAAUUUAUCGAGUAUAAAUUUAUAUCUAACAAUAAGUUAUAAAGUUAUAGUUCAUUGCGUAGUGUGUGUUCAUUUGGGGGAAACAAAUAGGGAAACAUUUAUCAACCCCUCCUUGGUCGCGCGCCAGGGUUAAUUAUUCGAGUUCUGGAAUUAUCCCUCUUCUCUUUCCCGCGGGAAAGAUAUAAUCCGAGGUUUAAUCCUCGACAGAACCGAGUCCUGACGUAUAACACGGCGAACUGAUGGUGCGGCUCAUUUAUCGUCCGAAAUUCGAGAAUUAGUUGCGAAAAACGAUCCGGUGUCCCGAAACUUGAAACUGACGAUACGUUUCGGGAAUACCUGGCAGAAAAAUUGAAAAUUCACGUCGAUCGUCACGUGUAAAGCCGAUAUAAUUAGCGUCGCUCGGUUUGGGGUCAAGUUGAAAGAAGCAAAGGAAGAUGUAAGAUUUACAAUCCCUUUUUCGGAGAGGAACGAGCGCCUUUACGAGGAAGGACAAAAUUGUCGCGACGCAAUUAACGACGACGAGAGGCGGACGCGAUGGAAAAACGACGUUUGCCCGAGAUCGAGAUAUCCGUCCCGCGACGCUUAAAGCAGCAAUUAAAAGCUCGUUACUCACCCGUCCUUCUAUUAAUUAUUCGAGCCACUGACCGGGCGUGUCGCGCGAAAGCGGAAACUACAAUUGAUGAUUCGUCCCGAACGUCGAGGACGAUCGAACAUCACGAUGAGGAUAAGCUUGCUAUCCUUAGUUGCACUAUGUCUCAUUCUUUGCGCAUUUGAAAUAAGUAUUUGCGCGCAAUAAAUAAUCUGGUUUGGCGAAAAUGAUAGUUUGAAAAGAAUUCAAUAAUUUGUAAUACGAUUAAUAUCUCCGGAAUUUUGCUAACGAUGAGCUCGUCAAGAGAGAACGAUUAAAAUGCAAUUUUUUAAAGAGAUCUAAAGCGAAUUGUAUUAGAAUUAUGUAUAAAUAAUUUUCGAGAAAAAAAAACAUUUUCUUUUGGGAUAUAUAAACCUGGGAUAUAGAGAAUUUUUGGAAAAAAUGGGUUCCUAGGGGAAGGACUACGAGUACUUUAUCUUCGAAGAGAUCCAUGACUGACGCAAGGGAUCGACAGCGGGCGGUCGUCUCCUCAUUAUGACCUAGCGAUUCGUCUUUUACUUCGUGAAGGGAACAAAACAUUAAAAUCGGCACAUUUUUCUACUUAUCCAUCUUUUUUUUUAUCUCGAAUAAUCGUAGAACGAUGGGUUAGGUGUUCUUCAGUUAGGUAUUCUCAACGGAUUAGACGCGCGCUAUCGUUGUUUGUCUCGCGCUUAACGCCGUACAGGUUUCCAACGUGAAGACUCUCCAGUGUUCUAAAAUCUAUCCGUAUUCUUAAAGCGCGGCUGCUCGCUAAACGACUUAACACGUGACCGACAAUCAUCUUAACAUCGAGCUCUCCGACGCACCGCGUUUUUUUUUCCGUCGCGUUCGUCGGACAAAGAAAUUCACUGAUAAGCGAACACUGAAAUGUCACUACGGUACAGCUGAUACUGUCUAAACGUUUAAGUGCAACAAUAGUUAUGCUAGUUUAAUUUUAUCUUUAUAAUUGUAAAGUUUACAGUAGCAAAAUUAUUUUAUUUUCACUGAUAAAGACUUCGUGACGAUUAAAAAUCUAGUUUUAGUUACAUUAAGAUGUGAAUCUCGAUAAUUACUUUAUUUAAUUCCGGAGAAAGAUUUUUGUUGAUCAAAUUGAAGUUUAUUUUUGGAAGAAAGGUGAAAGGAAAAUAUCUUUAUGCAAUCUUAAAGUAACAACAAGAAGCAAAGACACAUCUUACAUUUCGUGAAUUGUAUCUUUCGUACAUUGCAUUUUUGUCGCUCAUGCUAUGAGACUUUUGUAUUUUGAAGCAUUCGUCUGUGAACGUUAUCGCUAUCAAGAUAAGCAUCAAUCACCCAGCCACGAAAGCGUGCAUAAAAUUAUAAUACACAAUUCGUAUCUCUCUUUUACGAUUCAAAUUUUUUUUACGGCACUUUCUACAGAAUCGAAGUUAUUUAUGAAAGCAAACGCGCUUUCAUUUUAGGCACAAACACGAGUAAUUUUUCCCAAAUUUUUCGCUUCGAUAAAUAAGAACAAAACUAAUUUAUUCUGUUUCAUCAAUACGCAUUUUUUUUUUCCGAUUGAUUCAAAUCUUGUUUCAUGAUUUUUCACUAUUUAAAAUCUUUUUAUUUAUAUAAGCAAUUUUUUCCUGUGUGAGCUUCCGUAAGCGAAUAAUUUUAUUCAUAUUCUUCGUAGUAUGCUUCGAUAAAUAAAAACAAAACCAGCUCCGCUUUAUUCAUACAGAGAUCUAUAUCGCACAAUAGCAAACUUUUAAUGGACGAUUCUGACUAUUGUCGGUUAUCGUGUAUUUAUAACAAGAUGACUAACGAAAUUGAUACCGAUAUGUUGAAAUGAAAAUUGAAAUUGUGUUUGCCGUUUAUAUCAUUUCACGGCAUUCUCUACUGUUGUUUAUUUAUAGAGGCAACUUUUUAUCUUUUUAACGCUUUCAUGAGACAAGAAUAUGAUGAUUGAUAACGUCAAGCUUGAAAAAAAGUUUUUUCGACAUGAAUACGUUAGCUACAUGCUUAGAAAAUAAUGUUCGCAUCUCUCUCUUUUCUCUCUCUCUCUCUCUCUCUCUCUCUCAUCUGUCGCUAAAUGUAUGAUAUGAAUGUGGGCCUUUGAAUCUGCGGAGAUCAGGAUCUCGGACUUCUGUUUCCUGCAAGCCCAUCCGCCCUCACUCACAGUGACGUAACUACUGACCGUACAUCCUCGCAUGCACACGUACAAUACACGUAUACUCCUUUCGAGAAGCAGUACAAGUUCGUUAUGAGUAAAAACCUACAAUUCUGGAAUAUUAACGAACAUUUCUACGCAGACCGACGUUGAUGAACUUGCUAAAUUCUGGCACUCGAGCCGCAGAGCGUCCCAUCUGCUUCCUCCCCCCCCCCCUUUUCCCACCACACUUUCGUCUCUUUCCGCUAAAUCCUUUUUUUGCGGCUCUCUCACGUCGCGGUCGCGGUACAGGAAAUGGAAACGGCGGCUGCGUCGCGUCAUAGUCAUCGUGGUUAUUCUACAUAUCUGUCGCUCUCUCUUUCUCUCUCAUUCUUUCUUUCACUGUCCGUCCCCCUUUUUUUCCCCUCACUGUCCCUCGCAUCGCAGCUUGCCUUCUCUCUUUCUUCCUCCCUUUCUCUGUCGCUCUUUUCCGUCCCGCGUUCUCGGUGUGGCGCAUCUCUAGAAACCCGAGCGACGUCCGAGCCGGCUCGGGUUUCGUCUUUUUUGUCCCGCGCCCGCCCUUUUCAAAGCGCGCGCUCAAGGAGAAACGGACGUAGGGACGAAGAGGAAGGAGGGAGGGGAGGGGUAGCGGGAAGGGAAGACCGUGUUUCGUUCGUUACACGGUAACGAUCGAUCAACGUGACCGCACGACCGCAUCGAGCAAACCGCGACGAGAGAGAUAGAGAGAGUACCGGGACCGACCGGGGCUCAUUGAGGGGUAAAGGGGGCGCGAUCGAGAUGGGGAUCGGUAGCCGAGGAAGCCCUUCCCUCCCGUGACAUGGCACGAAUUUUCCAAAUUCCAAUUGUUAGACAAAAAGUAUCUCUCGUUACCCUCGUCCUGAUUGUCGAUCUUGUGAACGCGAGACUUUGAUAAGAUAUCGUUGCGUAUGAAUGCGAGAUUUGUGUAUGAAAUCUCGGUUCUUUUUUGUGCUUAGCAAAUGAAAGAUAGCGUGAUAUAACCUUUCGAUUAUAUCGCAGUGACAUAAUGAAAUGUUUAAUUUGAGGUUCGUGUAUUUUUUCGCUCGCGAUUCGCGAUAUUGAAAGCAACAGAAUUUUUCGAGACAAUACGUGAAACAGCAUUUCGAAGCUAGAAAAAAUAUAUUUUGCUCUGUUUUAUAAGCUGUAAACUAUAAGAUAUAUCGAAGAUUUAUAAAAAUAAACGCGCUCUUGAUUUUUCGCAAGAUUAAGAUCGUUAAGGAACAAAGCAUUCAUUUUUCAGGCAAUAUUAGCCUUUGCUAUAUAAUAGUUUUUGGGAAAAAAACACAUAUAGCUCGGCCGAAAAGGGCGUUUAUUUAAUCGUCCCGGGCGUAUAUCUCAAAAAGUCAUUAGCACACUCGCGCGUUUCGCAGAAAGAGCCGUAGGAUUUAACCGCGUCCGUAAUUUCCCUUGUGCCGGGCCGGCUUUUGCCUCGUGAAAAAUGUGCGGAAUCUUGAAAGAGGAUCGACGGGCACAAUGGCGCGGAGCCGAGAAUGAUUCGCGAAUCGGUAGCGCCAUUGUGAAAGGAAAGGUACGGGAGAACUGCCUAGGAAAGUCUAGGAAAAUCUAUACUCCCCUUUACGCAUACACCCUCGUGCGAUCCUAUCGAUCGAAAAUACAGCAUUGAUUCCCGAUUGUUAUUUCAGAUGCCAUCCCCACAGAAAAAACGCUCUGAAAGUCCUAAAAACAGACCGGAAAAAGUUUGAAGAAGCGAAAAAAAUAAUACCACCAAAAAUAAAACUCUCUGAAAAGUGUAAAAUAGAGAGUUAAAAAAAAAAUAUUUCGAUAGAUAUCUUAUAUAUACCGUACACACACAAUAAUGAUGAUAUAUAUUAAAUUUUAAAAGAUAUUUCCCUUUGUUUCAAUUUUUCGAAAUUGUUAGAACUUUUAGUACUAUUUCAAAGACGUACUCGAAAGUAAUAUUUUCUUUGUAUUUGUCUUAUUUUUUUCGAUUGUUAAGAAAAAUUUGUGUUCUUUCUUCGGAAAAGAAUUUCAAGAAAGAAAGCCGAAUUACAGCCGGUGUCACAUGUAAUUUCCAUCGUUACUGCUGUGAACGACGUUUUUCCGUUCUGUCAUGAUUUUCUGUCUUUAAGUAUAGGCGACAUUGCAUUCCGCUGAUGCUGGUCAAUUUUUGCCGAUCGUCCAGAUCGGCGCCUUUAUUUUUACGUGCACGAAAAAAAAAAAAAGGAAAAAAUUUGCCUCGGCGGCGGCGCGGAAUUUCCGGGGGAACGAGCUCGGUUUUAUCUAUCGCUCGAAUUAUUGACGGGAUGUGAGGGAAGCAGGCCGACGGGAUAUAUACAGGGUGUCCGGAAACCGGAGCCGUGCGAACGCACGCAGAUGACGGCAGAAAUUACUCCGUAAUUAUACGCAGUCGAGAAAUGUAAUGCUUAAAACUAACAAAGUACGACAUUUAUAUCAUCGUCAUUAGUACUUUUGGAAUACAGUAUCUUAAGGAAGUCGACAUAUGUAUAAUAUCAAAUAGAAAUUUUUUAACCGUUUAAAUAUUGUGAUCUUGAUCUUGAUAUCGAUGCAUUUCGAUAUUUCAAAACAACAUUUUCUCAUUAGACGAAGAGAAUCUAUUAUUAAAAAUAAGAGAUCGGAGAGAUAAUAGAAGAGGCAUUUUCGCUUGAUCUUGAUCGCUACUAUUGCAUUUCGAUUCUAUCUUUCUCUUUUCAAGAAGUAGUUUUAGUUUCUUCAUUUCCCGGCAAAGUCAUCUCCUUUCGCGGACGAUUCGUUUCGCUAACGCGGAAAAGUCCUACGUUUUCCAAGAAAAUAUUCACCAUAUAGAUGCAAUUUCCGGGACCGGUCGUUUCGACCGCACUAUUUUUCGAUAUUGCCGAUAUUUGAGGAAGCCGGAGAACGAUUUUUUUUUACGCGACCAACCGGCCGAUUGCCGCCGGAGUUAUUACGACCCUUCGGGACACGGUUCGGUCAUGUAUACAGGGUGUCCGAGAUAGCCAUCGCUUUUACUGCAAAAUAUUUUCUGCCACCGUGCACCGACAGUCUCGACAGCCUAAAGGGUUAUAUAACAGAAUAUAUACAUUUUUUUCAACAUUUAAAAGGCUUUCUGGCUUGGAAAGCUUUCCUAGAAAAAAAAAAAAAAAAAAAAAA